UUUACACCGAAUACCGCCACACACACACACACACACACACACACACACACACACACACACACACACACUGGUGGUCAGCAUCACAAAAAAAACAAAACAAAACAAAACCCAAAAGCAACAUCGUUAAACACAAAGCAUCUACUGGAAGAAACAUUCCAUUAAUUUCCUUAUUCUUAUUUGGACCAAAGGUGGGAGUGGAGGAUAUGGGGGGAAGGGGGAAGGACACCGGCGCCUCUUUCUGUGGAUCUUUACAUCUCUUGAUAUCCAAGGUGGGAGUGGAUGGAUACUACAUACAUACAUGGUUUAUGCUUGGUUUUAUUUCCUUUUUCAUGUCGGUUUUUGUCCUUUCAUCAUUUCUUUCUCUCUUUUUUGCCUUGUUGACGGCUGCCCGAGGUAUCCCUGCGGCAGUUGCCGCGCUGGCCCCCAACUAUUUCAUCAUCAUUACUUUUUUUUCUUCCCACCUGUUCAGCUGGGCCGCAUGGCUUGGCGGCCGGGUCUUUCAGCUUUAUUGUGGUUGGGAGAAAUGUGUUGACGUUUUACUGAUACCAAAAGAUAUACGAGACGGUAUGGCCCUACAUGGACUGUCAAGAUGUCCUAAAGACACCCCAAAUCAAGUGUGUAUAUUAGCAUACACACUUGACAAUGUAUAAUAUAGUUUAAUUGUGAUGAAGAUUUUUUUUUUGGCUUUACAAUUGUUCCUCUCCCAGUGUUUGACCACACUCUCUCCCAGUGUUCCUUCUGUCUCUGUCUCUCUCGUUCACCGCUUCAGGCAUUCUCGUGAGUGUUGGCAAUCACGUAUAUUAAACUGCUGCAUCAUGCAAGUCUACGAAUGGCAAGCCGCCAUUGGCCGGUAUCUUCUGAUAUGAGGCUGCCUGGAGCACGUCGAACCCAAUGAUCCACCACCAACAUAUCGGUAACUCUACCUUCCGAAACGGCGAGCAGGGUCUGGUCCAUCCAUGUCGAGGAGGGGGGGCGUGUGGCGGCAAAAAAAAUUCCCCAGCCUCCAAAGGAAAAAGGAAUAGCCGCCUGAAUCACCGAACG